AUGGCCGCGUGUCCACGGCGAAUCGACCCCAAGAUUUAUUUAGGUAGACGAGUACCGCCGGGCAUUUUCUCCGGGUGUUCCAACGUGCGUGCCUCCGGACUGUGCGCACAUGUCGUUGCGGUCAUUGUGAAUUCGGGAAUCCACAUCUACCCUCGUGCGCGGCAGCAGGCAGAGGCGGCCGCCCAGGUGCACCGGCUGGUGCUGCUCAAGGUUGCCUCCGCGGCCUUGCUGCUGCUUGCGGCAGGACUUGCGGUCACCUCGGGACGUAACUUUGUGAAGCGAUGCCACAUGAUCAGAACCGGAGUGGGCUCAGACAACCCGGGCUGGGACAGCCGUUGGCUUCCGCGCGUGCUGACUGGCGUCAUGACAGGGGUCAUGGCAGCGGUGCUGGCGGCAGCACUGUGCCGUGUGUUUGGUCGCGGGUAG